AUGGACCCUAUUUUGUGCCGUACCAGGACGCCCGGCAAGCUAGCUGUCCAGCAGCUUCGCCCUCAACUACUUAACGGAUGUUACCAUGAGGCUGACCGUGCCGAUAUUGUCGGCCUCAACCUUCAGAUGUUGCGAGAUACUCUUCCACAGUCUUUCCAUGCUCAUAUGACUGGGGUCAUCGAAGAGAUCUUUAACACGAGCCGGCUAUUACGAGAUCUUGCGGAGCAGGCACAAAUACAUGUCUUCCAGCUGCCCCCAGUCUAUGACUAUCUUAACGUCAUCCUGCCAUGUCUAUGCCGGACUCUUCGAGACAUAAUGUCAUUCUACGAGGACAAAUCAAUGAAUAAAGAACACCGUUGGAGAACCAUGUACCAUAAGCUAGGAAAUGAGCUUCCUGGAACGACACUGCCAGCUAGAAUUAUCAUGUACAAUCAGUUCCUUCGAUUGCUCCAGGACCUUCUGACAAGAUCGCCAAACUUUGACAUGAAUGGAAUGGAGUCUCUACGGAUCCGCAUCCUGCAGCUUCGCGAAGCGAGAAAAAUACCCCCUCCCAACCCCAUUAGAACGGACCUCAUUAGACGAGACGAGGCUUUGGAGUUUUGGAGUCGAGAGACCGACUCUCACUGGGCCGAGGCGAUCUUCACACAGCCACUACCAUAUCGAAGGGAGUUCAAGCAUCAAGUAAGAUCGUUCGAUAAAGACCGUAUCUCGGUUAUAUUCUUUAUGCAGCUAAAAAGUCAAACGCCGUACGUCUAUAUCCGAAUUAAGCAAGGCAGUCAAAACUGGGUUUCUGUAUUCGGUGUACACGAGCUGUCUAUUCGAAGAGGGGCCGACUCAGUCUUGGACUUGUCUAUGUGGGAUUUCGCGGAGCGUAGUGCCAAACCCUGGGCCAGCCUAUCCUUUUUGACCUGGGAAGAAUUGGUGCUUUUUUAUUGCACUUUCCUCUGCCUGAAAAUUCGUAGCCCGCGGACCAACCAAGUCAGGCCUGAGGAAUUCCACCUACGUAAGGAGAGACGUUUAUUUCAGGCUCAAAUCAUUGACGAUGGGUAUCAGCACGUCCUUAUGGUUUUCGAGGAUGCCAUAACCGGGGGUUAUCGCCUCCAUGCUGCAGUCUGGGAUGGCAAAUUCCGAGCUUGUCCUGUGUGGACAGCGUUUAUUCCCCCAAAUGUGUCUUCGUCUUGGCUCAUCCGAAAAACCUCGAGACGCAUCUGGCUACGCGACAUACAACCAUACGUGUUUUUCGAAAAGUACCGACCAGCACACCAACGAAGGGGUCGGCUUGGUGCGUUCGAACUAGCUUUCGCACAUAGCGAGGCUGCCUCGCGAUUUCAUGAACUAUUUGCGUCGUCGCCGGUCCCAUCUGCUGCCUCGGUUGCCCAUGAUUCUUCACCAGAAACGAACGACACCUCAGAGGCCACUAAGUAA